GUGUGUAUAUUAUGAAUUGUAUUUUUUUUCGUAUCGUUAGAUUACAGAUAGCCUUAUUAGUGGUGCAGAUGAAAUUUUCGGCAGAAGAGUAAAAACAGAAACAGUGUUUUUUUUUUGUGAAGGUCAGACUGACGGGUGUGUUUGUGUGAAACCCACAAUAUCUAAAGAAGAAAAACAGCGGCAGUAGAAUAAGGUUAUUGAUUGUGGUGCUAUCGGUGUGCUGCCAUAACGAUUUUAUUUUGGAAUAAGGGCUCAGCACGUUUUGAAGGGCUCGCACGAGGUCAGGUGCCAUUCGCUGCUUGCUGCUGAAUUCGUUCCGCGCUUAUUGUUCCGUCUAAUGAAGUUUUUAUCGAUCAAAUAAAAAUCCUAUUUCAACAACUGUAACCAAACAUGAAACUACGAAAAAUGUUACAAAUGAAGCAAUUAUCCAUCUGAAGUCUGCGCCGAACCUAUUGUAGGACCUGUUGAAGUUCCCUGCGAAGAUCUAAGUGCCGGAUAUGUUGACGAUGGCGUUCCAUGUGAUUUCGUAGCUCCAUUCGCCACCGGCAGCAUAUCACAACCAGCCAUGGCCGAGUGCUGUGGCGGUAAUCCUGCCGUCCCAAGGCAGCGGUCACAGGGCAACAUACCACACCAGAGGUGCUACGGCGGUUGCUCCUGUGGCCGUCCGGACUGUGCGCCGGUGAAAAAGGUGCGCUACGUACAACCAGCGAGGCGGCAGCCGUGCAAACCGGUAUCAAACUACAAACCAUCGGAAGUGGAAUUUCAAGGUGAUUCCGUGUACAAGACAUCGUUCAAUGCCGACCCGGCGACGAUCGUCUGCAGUGCGCGCCCACUGCCGAUACCACCCCGGAACAAUCUGGCGAUGGCGCCCGGUUGCGUGGAGAAGAGCACCGUUACCUCGCUUUCCUACCCAGGAUAUAACAAUGUGGAGCGACAGAAACCCAUCAUGCCUACCGGAAACCAAAUGAUGUCUCCCGGUCCAAUGCAGGAGAUGACCACUACCCGCCAUGACUAUGUGGCAAAAACAACACCCAAGCGAUACAAGAUCAUCCCUGAGGGUCACAUUCGCAGUGUCAGCGCUCCAUUUGAAAAGCAAACGGUGAACAACCUCUCGUACAGCUGUCCCGACAUGGCUCGCUUUACGCCGGCUAAAUCCUGUAAACCUAUUCGAGAGUACAGGAGAUCUGAAAUACCGAUGGAUUCGGAAACGACGACAAUGCUGAGCUAUCCCCCAAUGUGUCCUGCACCCAAGGAGGACUAUCCGUGGGCAAAACGAGCCGGCUACCACGCGCCGUCGGUACCGAUGGAGCACGAUACGACGUACAAGCAAAGCUACUUGACCAGCUGUGGCGCAGAGCGUCCCAAAAUGAUUCCGCCUUUCAAUAACUUACAUGUACCUGCUGAUUCCGGGUUCGAAUCAAAGACAGUCUACAAAGAAAGUUAUCAUAGCGCGUGUGGCGAACGGCCGCCAGCGAUCCGCCCCGUUCAUCACCUGCGAAUUUCGAACCAAAAGCUGGAAGAUGACACCGUUUACAAGUUAUCCUUCCCAACGUACUGCAACACAGAACGUCCUGCACCGAUUGUUCCUAGACCUGCACCGUUGAUAGGUGAUGGGCCGAUCCAGGAGAUUACGACCACCAGGCACGACUACGUUUGCAAGAGCGGCACCAAGCGGGAACCGAUCGUACCUCAGAACUUGCUACACAUUCCAUCUGGUAGGCUGGAAAGCAACACCGUGAACCGGUUGUCCUACCCGGCCAACAAGGAAAACGUUCAGCCUCCGAAGUCCUGCAAACCAAUUCUGUCGUACAAACGGCCCGAGAUUCCGAUGGAAAGCGAUACAACCACCAAGUUGAGCUACAUGCCGGUUUGUCCGGCACCAAAGGAGAACUACCCGUGGGCACAGCGAGCCCGGUAUCAGCCACCACCACUGCCAAUGGAAUCGGAAACGACGGCUAAACUGAGCUACCCGCCACCCGGAGAGUACAUUGAAGAGUAUUGCGGCUCCGGAGCAGCCUGUGGCCCAUGUUGCCAAUCGUGUGAUCCUUCCAUCGUCAAUUGCUGUGCAAAUCUGGCACCCACUGGAGGCUGCUAUCCACGGGCAGCGAUCGUAAGCUAGAGGUUAGGAAGCAAACUGGAUUAGACCACAUCCACAUAUACAUUUCUGCUAGCAACAUGUACGAACUAUGUGUAGAAUGGAAAACUGUAUUAGCAGCAGCAUACCAAAUUUUGUACCAUACAUUGAAGGAGCAAAUUCUUCACGUAGGAUAACAUAUUUAUUGAAACUUUAUCUUUGUAGUUUAUAUUUACGUUAUUGGUUAGCGAAAAUUAUACGUCUCC